AUGGCUCAGAUUACCGCGGCACUCGUGAAGGAGCUGCGCGAAUCCUCCGGCGCGGGGAUGAUGGACUGCAAGAAGGCGCUGACCGAAACGGACGGCGAUCUGGAGGCUGCGGUCGAUUGGCUGCGCAAGAAGGGGCUGGCCGCAGCCGCCAAGAAGGCGGGCCGCGUGGCGGCGGAAGGUCUGGUCGGCGUCGCCUCAGAGGGCACCUCGGGCGCGGUCGUGGAGGUGAAUUCCGAGACCGACUUCGUCGCCCGCAACGAGACCUUUCAGGACUUCGUGCGCAACUGCGCGCAGAUCGCCCUGGGCGUCGGCGGCGACCUGGAGCAGGUGAAGGCGGCAAGCUAUCCCGCCACGGGCAAUGCCGUGUCGGACGAACUGACCAACAUGAUCGCCAAGAUCGGCGAGAAUAUGAGCCUGCGCCGCAGUGCCGGCAUUUCCGUCGGCAAGGGCGUUGUCUGCUCCUACAUCCACAACCAGACGGUGCCGGGCCUCGGAAAGAUCGGCGUUCUUGUCGGCCUGGAGUCCGAAGGCGACACGAGCAAGCUGGAAGCCCUCGGGCGUCAGCUCGCCAUGCAUGUCGCCGCCGCCCAGCCUCUGGCCGUGGACCGCGACGGGGUCGAUGCCUCCGCCCUGGAGCGCGAGCGCAGCGUGCUGAGCGAGCAGGCGCGUGCGAGCGGCAAACCCGAAGAGAUCAUCGAGAAGAUGGUCGAGGGCCGUCUGCGGAAGUUCUACGAAGAAGUCUGCCUGCUGGAGCAGGUCUUCGUCAUCGACGGUGAGAACAAGGUCUCCAAGGUGCUCGAAUCGGCGGCAAAGGACGCGGGCGCCCCGGUGAAGAUCGCUGGAUUCCAUCGCUUCCAGCUGGGCGAGGGCGUCGAGCGCGAAGAGGCCGAUUUUGCUGCCGAGGUUGCGGCCACCCUCGGUGGCCCCAGGGGGGGCGCCCGGGGCGGUCCAGGGGUGGUCCUGGGGUGGUCCGGGGCCGGCGUGCGUCCGGGUUCUACGGGCGCCCCGCAAUUGUCCGCGGCUUCACAGAGGCUCAUGUCCGAGACGCAAACCCAGCUGCACCCCGCGCCGCGCUAUAAGCGCGUGCUUCUGAAAAUCUCCGGCGAGGCCCUGAUGGGCGAUCGCGAGUACGGUCUCGACCGGGACAUGGUGGCGCAGAUCGCCCGCGACGUCGGCGAGGUCAGGGCGCGGGGCGUGGAUGUCUGCCUGGUUGUCGGCGGCGGCAAUAUCUUCCGCGGCGUCUCUGUCGCGGCCGCCGGGAUGGAGCGAGCCUCAGCCGACUAUAUGGGGAUGCUGGCGACGGUCAUUAACGCCCUGGCGCUGCAGAACGCGCUGGAGCAGAUCGGUGUCGAUACCCGGGUGCAGUCGGCGAUUCCCAUGGACACCAUCGCAGAGCCUUACAUCCGCCGCCGCGCCGAGCGCCAUAUGGAAAAGGGCCGGGUGGUCAUCUUUGCCGCCGGCACCGGCAAUCCCUAUUUCACGACCGACACCGCCGCGGCGCUGAGGGCCUCGGAGAUGGGCUGUGACGUCCUGCUGAAAGGGACGAAGGUCGACGGCGUCUACGACGCCGACCCGGAAAAGUCGCCGGAGGCCACGCGCUACGAGCGCCUGGACUACAUGACGGUGCUGACCGACGACCUGGGGGUGAUGGACCAUGCGGCCAUCUCCCUGGCGCGCGAAAACAAGAUCCCGAUCCUGGUCUUUUCAAUCUAUCGGCCGGGGGCCUUCGCCGAGGUGCUGGAGGGCAACGGGCGCUACACACUGGUGAAAAACGAGGAAUUCGCCGGGCUCCGGACCGGCCGGGCAUCCGCCGGCCUGCUGGAGCCGAUCACCGUGGAGGCCUACGGCUCGGCGACGCCGAUGAACCAGGUCGGCAGCAUCUCGGUGCCGGAGCCGCGCAUGGUCACUGUGCAGGUCUGGGACCGCAGUCUUGUCGGCGCAGUGGAAAAGGCGAUCCGCGAUUCGGGCCUCGGCCUCAACCCGGCGACGGACGGCCAGCUUGUGCGGGUUCCCAUUCCGCCCCUUUCGGAGGAGCGGCGCGUCGAGAUGACCAAGAUCGCGGGAAAGUAUGCCGAGCAGGCCCGGGUGGCGGUNNNNCGCAACGUCCGCCGCGACGGCAUGGAAAUGCUCAAGAAGAUGGAAAAGGACUCCGAAAUCUCCAAGGACGAGCACCAUCACUGGUCGGACGAGAUACAGAGCCUGACGGACAGCCACAUAAAAAAGGUCGAUGACACCCUCGCGCAGAAGGAAGAGGAGAUACUCCAGGGCGCCGAGGCCGUGCGCCGCUGUAUCGCCGGCGCGGUGGAGAUGGGCAUCCCCUAUCUGACACUCUACGGAUUCUCGUCGGAGAACUGGCGCCGGCCGAUGACAGAGGUCGAAGACCUCAUGGGCCUGCUGCGCCGCUACCUGCAGAGCGAGUUGGCGGAGCUUCAUGAACAGGGCAUCCGCCUGCGCGUCAUCGGGGAGCGGGACCGUCUGCCGGGCGACAUCGCCCGCCUGAUCGACGAUGCCGAAGUACGCACCUGCGACAACGCGCGCCUGAACCUGAUCAUCGCCCUCAGCUACGGCAGCCGCCAGGAAAUCGCCGCCACCGCGCGCCGCCUGGCUGAGGAGGCGGCCGCAGGACGUCUUGAUCCGUCGCUGAUCGAUGAGGAGCUCUUUACCGAGGGUCUGCUGACGGCAGGGAUUCCGGAUCCGGACCUGCUUAUCCGAACCUCGGGCGAGCAACGGCUCAGCAACUUUCUGCUUUGGCAGGCGGCCUACAGCGAACUGGUCUUUGUCGACAAGCUCUGGCCGGAUUUCGAAGAGGCCGAUCUGAUGGCCGCCGUCGAGGCCGCGGGCUUGCUCAAAGUCCGCAUUCUCUCCGCGAUCGUGCUCGCCCCGCUGGUGCUGGCGGGCAUCUAUGUCGGCGGCAUCUGGCUGGACGCGCUGAUGCUGCUGGCGGCGGGCCUGAUGGGCUGGGAGUGGGCGCGGCUCUGCAGCGGCGCCAGGCUUGUGCCUGGGGGUUAUCUCGUGAUUGUCGUUCUGGUCGCACUGCCGCUGUUCUUCGCGGUCGGCCUGUCGCAGCACGCCUUGCUGGAGCUUCUGGCCGGAACGCUGGCCGUGCUCGUGGUGAGCCUGGUUCUGCAUCGCCAUCAGGCUCUCUGGCAUCAGGCUCUCUGGCUGGCCGGCGGAACCUUCUACAUCGGGCUUGCCGUGCUUUCCUUUCUCUGGCUGCGGCACCUCCCGGAACAGGGGCGUGAUCUGGUUUUCUGGGUCCUGGCCGUCGUUUGGGCGGUCGACAUCGGCGCUUACUUCGCCGGGCGUGGAAUCGGCGGGCCGAAGCUUGCGCCCCGGAUCAGCCCGAACAAGACCUGGGCAGGGCUGAUCGGCGGCAGCCUCGCGGCCGGCCUGGUCAGCGCGCUGGCGGCCCUGUGGCUGGACAAACAGGCCGGCACGCUGUUUUUCGUCGGCUGCGCCCUGGCCGUCGUGGCCCAGGGCGGUGACCUUUUGGAGUCUUUCUGCAAGCGCCACUUCGGCGUGAAGGAUUCCAGUCACCUGAUUCCCGGUCAUGGUGGUAUCCUUGACCGCGUCGACGGCCUGCUGGCGGUCCUGCCCGUCGUCUUCGUGUUCGUUUGGGCCCUGGAGACCGCGGUCCAAUCAAAGCGCCUCACGAUUCUGGGCUCGACGGGGUCUAUCGGCUGCAGCACGCUUGACCUUGUGGAGCGCAAUCCCGAGGCCUUCGAGGUCGAGGCUCUGACGGCAAACCGCUCGGUCUCCCGUCUGGCGCUUCAGGCCAAGCGUGUCGGCGCCCGCCUCGCCGUGGUCGCCGACGAAAGUUGCUAUUCCGAUCUGAAAGAGGCGCUGAGCGGCAGCGGCGUUGAGGCAGCAGCCGGCGCCGCGGCGGUGGCCGAGGCGGCGGCGAGACCCUGCGACUGGGUCAUGGCGGCCAUUGUCGGCGCGGCCGGGCUGGCGCCGACCCUGGCGGCGGUUCGCGAGGGCCGGGUGAUCGGGCUGGCCAACAAGGAAACGCUGGUCUGCGCAGGGGGGCUGAUGACGGGCGAGGUGGCGCGCUGCGAUGCGCAGCUCCUGCCGGUGGAUUCCGAGCACAACGCGAUCUUUCAGGUUCUGGAUCUGGAGAACCGCGAGACCGUCGACCGUCUCAUCCUGACCGCUUCCGGCGGGCCGUUUCGUUCCUGGUCGCGGGAGGAUAUGGCCGCUGUUACGCCACAGCAGGCGGUGGCGCAUCCGAACUGGGACAUGGGCGCCAAGAUCUCGGUCGAUUCAGCGACCAUGAUGAACAAGGGCCUGGAACUCAUCGAGGCCCAUUACCUCUUCGACAUGCCGGCGGACCGCAUCGACAUCCUGGUUCAUCCGCAGUCGGUGAUCCAUUCCAUGGUCUCCUAUGUAGACGGCUCGGUCCUGGCCCAGCUCGGUCAGCCCGAUAUGCGCACCCCGAUCGCCUAUGCUCUGGCUUGGCCGGAACGGAUGGCGACACCGGUGGACCGUCUGGACCUGGCGGCCAUCGCGCGCCUGGAUUUCGAGGCGCCCGACGCCGAACGGUUUCCCGCCCUGGCGCUCGCCCGUUCGGUCCUCAAGGCCGGCGGCACGGCCCCGACCACGCUCAACGCCGCCAACGAGGUGGCGGUCGCGGCCUUUCUGGCGGGGCAGAUCGGCUUCGUCGAGAUCGCCGCAGUGGUCGAGGAGACCCUGGCACGGCACCCCAGCGGCCCUCUGACGUCUUUGGAGGAGGUCGAGGCUGCCGACGCCCUGGCGCGGUCCACCGCCGGAAGGCGGCUUGAAGAACGAGGGCAGCUGGCACAGCGGAGCGGAGUUAUGGAUUUUUCUGGCGGCCUUUACGGCUUCGGCAUUCCUUUCCUGGUCAUCCUCACUGCGCUGGUCUUCGUCCACGAGCUGGGGCACUACCUUGUCGCCCGCUGGAACGGUGUGCGGGUCGAGAUCUUUUCCAUCGGGUUUGGGCCGGAACUCUUCGGCUGGACGGACAAGGCCGGAACGCGAUGGAAGUUCAGCAUCAUCCCGCUUGGCGGCUAUGUGAAGAUGUUCGGCGACGCCAAUGCGGCCAGCAUGCCCGACGGCAGCGUUUCGGAGCUGAGCGCGGCCGAGAGGGCCGUUGCCUUUCCGCAUAAACGCCUGGGACAGCGGGCCUGGAUUGUCGCGGCCGGGCCGAUUGCGAACUUCCUCUUUGCCAUUGUGCUGCUCGCUGGCCUUUUCAGCGUCAUCGGCCAGCCCUUCACGCCGGCCGUGGUCGGCGAGGUGAUGCCGGACUCUGCCGCCGAGGCCGCCGGUUUCGAGCCCGGAGACGAAGUGAUUUCGGUCAAUGGCCAGUCGGUUGCCCGAUUCGAAGAGCUGCAGCGCAUCGUCGGCCUGAGGCCGGAAGAACGGCUCGAGGUGGUCGUGCUCCGCGACGGCCAGGAAGUCGACCUUGUCGCCAUCCCGGCGCGCGUGGUCCGGGAAAACGGCCUGGGCGAAGAACAGGAGGUCGGCCAGCUGGGCAUUCAGCGCAGCAGCAGCGACUUCAUUCGCCACGACCCGGCAACUGCGGUCUGGCAGGCCACGCGAGAAACCGUCUCGAUCAUCAACCAGACCUUUACGGCCCUCGGUCAGAUCAUCCGGGGCGACCGGGGCGCCGAUGAACUGGGCGGACCGAUCCGCAUCGCGCAGAUGUCCGGUCAGGUUGCCGAGCACGGGAUUCCGCAGGCGAUUUUCUUCGCUGCCGUCCUUUCGAUUAACUUGGGAUUGAUUAACCUGUUCCCGGUACCCAUGCUCGAUGGCGGCCAUCUUCUGUUCUACGCCAUCGAGGCUCUGCGGGGCCGCCCCCUGGGCGAAAGGGCCCAAGAAUACGGUUUCAGGAUCGGACUGGCUCUGGUAUUGACGUUGAUGGUUUUCGUGACGUGGAACGACCUGCUCCGCUUCGAAGGCUUGGUGAGUUUCGUUAAGGGCCUGGCACAGUCAUUGCUCUCCGGGGGCCGAAUCGAUGCGAUCCGCGUCGAGGGCACACAGCGCAUCGAGGCCGCGACCGUGCGCUCCUACAUGCGGGUCAAUCCCGGCGAUCCUUUCGAUCCGGUUCGCCUUGACCGCUCCCUCAAGAACCUGUUCUCCACCGGCCUUUUCGCCGACGUCAGCCUGCGUCGGGAAGGCAACGUACUGGUCGUGGUCGUUGCGGAGAACCCCAUCGUCAAUCGUAUUGCCUUCGAGGGCAACCGCCGCAUCGACGAUGAGACUCUGCAGCAGGAAAUCGAGUUGCGUCCACGCGUCGUCUUCACGCGCACCAAGGUUCAGAGCGAUGCCGACCGCAUCCUGGAAAUCUACCGCCGCUCCGGACGGUUUGCCACCACGGUCGAACCCAAGGUCAUCCAGCUCGAGCAGAACCGGGUCGACCUGGCGUUUGAGAUUUCCGAAGGGCCGCUCACGAGCAUUCGCUCCAUCAAUUUCAUCGGCAAUCGCGAGUUUUCGGAUUCCACUCUGCGCGACGAGGUGACCACCUCUGAGGCGUCGUUCUGGAACUUCUUUACCAACACCGAUACCUACGACCCUGACCGCCUGACCUUCGAUCGGGAGCUCCUGCGGCGCUUCUAUCUGAACGAAGGCUAUGCCGAUUUUCGGGUGGUCUCGGUGGUUGCCGAACUGACCCCUGACAAUCAGGACUUCAUCGUCACCUUCACGAUCGAGGAGGGGCCGCGCUACCGCUUCGGCGCGAUCGGGAUCGAAACGACCCUGCGCAACCUGGACCCGGAAUCGCUGCGGGGUGAACUCACCACCUACGAGGGCGACUGGUACGACGCCAGCGAGGUCGACAAGACCAUCGAAGCCCUCACCGAGGCGGUGGGGGAUCUCGGCUUUGCUUUCGUCGAUAUUCGCCCCCGUGUGCAGCGCGACCGCGAGAACCUCACUAUCGACCUGGUGUUCGACAUUCAGGAGGGACCCAAGGUCUUCGUCGAACGCAUCGACAUCGAGGGCAACGUCCGUACGCUUGAUCGCGUCAUCCGCAGGGAGUUCAGGCUGGUGGAAGGCGAUGCCUUCAACAGUUCCAAGCUGCGCCGUUCGCGCCAGCGCGUCCAGAACCUCGGCUUCUUCAAGACGGUCACCGUCGAGAACGAACCGGGCAGCGCGCCGGACCGCACCGUCGUCAGGGUGGAGGUCGAGGAACAGUCCACCGGCGACCUGACCUUCGGUGCCGGUUUCUCCUCGGCCGACGGGCCUAUCGGCAACAUCGGCAUCCGCGAGCGCAACCUUCUUGGCCGCGGGCAGGAUCUGCGGCUGAGCUUUACCCUUGCGGGCGAAGCUUCGGAGGUCGACUUGAGUUUCACCGAGCCCUACUUCCUCGACCGCAAUCUGGCCGCCGGUUUCGACCUCUUCCGAACCACCGACGACAGGGACGACGAGAGCUCCUUCGAGGAGGAACGCCUCGGCGGGUCGGUCCGCGCGGGCUUCAAUCUCACCGAAGAAAUCCGCAACGUGGUGCGUUACACCAUCGAGAACCGCGACAUCACCGACGUCGGCAGCGACGCCUCCUUGCUGGUUCGCUCCGAAGAAGGUGAGACCUUGCGCUCCGGCGUCAGCAACGAACUCAUCUACGACACCAGGGACUCUCGCUUUGAUCCCCGUGACGGCGUGAUCGGACGCCUGAGGACGGAGGUCACCGGCCUCGGCGGCGACGUGAGCUUCCUCAAAGCCUCGGUCAACAGCGGCUACUACUACACGAUCUUCGAGGACUACACGGCCAGUCUGCGCGGAUCUGCGGGGACCAUCUUCGGCAUCGGCGAAGACACGCGCAUCUCCGAUCGCUUUUUCCGCGGCGGCGGCAAUCCGCGCGGCUUCGAAUUCGGCGGCAUCGGGCCGCGUGAUGAACGUACCGGCGACUCGCUGGGCGCCAAGCACUUCUACACAGGGACGGUAGAGGUCGCUUUCCCGAUCUCCCUACCUUUCGAUUUGGAUGUUCGCGGACGACUCUUUACCGAUGUCGGGGCUGCCUGGGAUCUGGACGAGGACGGCAACCUGGAUGUCGAUGUGGAAGAUUCUUCGUCGCCCAGGGUCACGGUCGGCACGGGUGUCUCGUGGAACUCGCCCUUCGGGCCGGUUGUCGUGGACCUGGGCUUCGCAGUGGUCAAGGUUGAGCGGGCACCGCUCAUCGGGGUCAUCGAUGUUCAGGCCGUGCUUCGCGAGUCGGUCGCGGUGAAGACCCUGGCUCAGCGCGUCGAGACCGCACGGGUCGCAGCUCAACAAGCCAUGCAGGACAGGGAAGUGGCGCUGCGCGAGGCAGACCUUGAUCUGGCACAGCGCAGAUCCAGCUUGUCUGCCGAGGAUUAUCGCCAGGAGCGCAGCAGCCUUGAAGCGGAGGGCGUGGCGCUUCAGCGGGAGAUGCAGGCCGAACGGCGGCGCCUCGACCAACUCUUCAGCCAAGGCAUGGCGCAGGUUCAACAGGUGCUUCAGUCGAUCUCCCAGGAGAUAGCGAUCGAACGUGAUCUGGACCUGGUUCUUGCGAAGACCACCGUCAUCAUCGUGAAGUCCGAGUUCGAUCUGACGGAGGAGGCGCUGCGGCGGUUGAACAGCCGCCUGACCGAUGUUUCCUCGGGCACGGCAGGGCCUCUCAGCCUUUCGAAGCUGGCUGCUUUGGCGGAAGCAGAGCUGCAGACCGGCAGUGAUCCGGAAUCCACGUUCCAGGACGUGGCCCCCCUUGAUCGGGCCGGCCCACAGGAUGUCAGCUUUCUCGACAACCGGCGCUACGUCGAGCAGUUCGAGCAGAGCGAGGCCGGGGCCUGCAUUCUGGACCCGGAGUUUGCCGGACGGGCGCCCAAAGGAAUGGCGCUGAUCCUGACCAAGCGGCCUUAUCGAGGCUAUGCCAAGGUCGCCCAGGCGUUCUACCCGGCCCGGAUGCCGGUGGCGGGUGUUCAUCCAAGCGCUGUCGUCGACGAAAGCGCCAGCCUGGGCGAGGACAGCGAGAUCGGUCCGGGAGUGGUGGUGGGCCCCGGGGCCAAGAUCGGCCGCGCCUGCCGUCUGGGGGCCAACACCGUUGUCGGCCAAGGCGUCGAAAUCGGCGACGGGACCGUUGUCGGACCCAACGUCUCAUUGGAAUUCUGCGUCGUCGGACGGGCCUGCCAGAUUCAUGCCGGUGCCAGGCUCGGGACCCGGGGCUUCGGCUUUUCCAUGGACCCAGAGGGCUUCGUCGACGUGCCCCAGCUCGGGCGGGUCAUCGUGGAAGACGGCGUCGAGAUCGGCGCCAAUUCGACCAUCGAUCGCGGGGCCGGGCCGGACACCGUAAUCGGCGCCGGGGCAAAGAUUGAUAAUCUUGUACAGAUCGGGCACAACGUGCGCAUCGGCAAAGGCUGCGUGCUUGUGGCGCAGUCCGGCGUGGCCGGCAGCUCCGUUCUGCAGGACUUUGUGGCGGUUGCGGCACAAGCGGGAGUAUCCGGCCAUCUGAAGGUCGGCGCGGGCGCCAGAAUCGGUGCGAAGUCGGGCGUCAUGCGUGACAUUCCUGGAGGUAUGACCGUGUUGGGCAGCCCGGCCCGGCCGGCCCGGGAGUUCUUUCGGCUGUGCGCGCUAUGGGAUCGCCAGCUGAAGGACAUCAUGGGGCUGCUUCCGCACCGCUAUCCGUUCUUGAUGAUUGACCGGGUGGAAGACAUCGUACCCAACGAGUCAGCGACCGGCGUGAAGAACGUCACGAUCAACGAACCGUUUUUCCUCGGCCAUUUCCCGGAACGGGCCGUGAUGCCCGGUGUCCUCAUCGUCGAGGCCAUGGCCCAGACCGCCGCCGCUCUGGUGAUGUUCACCCUCGGCGAGGACGCUCACGGCAAGCCUGUCUACUUCAUGACCGUGGACGAUGCGCGCUUCCGCAAGCCUGUGGUUCCCGGCGACGUCCUCCACAUUCAUGUCACGAGUCAAUGGAACCCUGGUCGCGAGUGCAAGCUACUCCGCGAUGAUCAUGGAUUACUGAUGCCGGACAUCCACCCCACAGCGAUUGUCGAACCCGGCGCCAAGAUCGGUGACGGAUGUCUGAUCGGGCCUUACUGCAUCAUCGGGCCGCACGUGGUUCUUGGCGAGGAGAUCAAGCUCCACAGCCAUGUCGUGAUCGACGGGCAUACGACAAUCGGCGCCCGCACGCAGAUCCUGCCGUUCAGUUCGAUCGGUCAAACCCCGCAGGACCUCAAGUACCGCGGCGAGCCUUCGGAACUGCGGAUCGGCACCGACAACAUCAUCCGUGAGCAUGUCACGAUGAACAUCGGCACAGAGGGCGGCGGCAUGGUGACCCGUGUCGGCAGUCACGGCCUCUUCAUGCCGGGAUCUCACGUCGCCCACGACUGCAAGAUCGGCGACAACGUGAUCAUGGCGAACAACUGCACCCUGGCCGGUCAUGUCACGAUCGAGGACAACGUGAUCCUUGGCGGGCUCACCGGCGUGCAGCAGUUCGUCCGCGUCGGCCGCAAUGCCAUCCUCGGCGCGAUGGUCGGCACGAAGCAUGACGUCAUUCCCUAUGGCAUCGUCAUGGCCCGCCCGACCCGUUUGGAUGGGCUGAACCUGAUCGGGCUCAAGCGCGCGGGCAUCGCCAGCGAUGAGAUCCAGAAGCUCCUGAAAGUCUACGACCGGCUUUUCGGAGAGGAGGGCGGCACGCUGACAGAGCGCAUGGAUGGCAUCGAGGACGAUUUCGGGGAGCUGGACACCGUGCGCAACCUGCUGACCUUCCUGCGGGUCGAAACGGGCCGGCUGAUGACGGGGCCGCUGGGCAUUGUUGCUGGCGGCGGACACCUUCCCCGCCGGCUUAUCGAGCAUUGCCGGUCGCAGGGCCGCGGCACUUUCGUGGUUGCCAUCGAAGGCAACACCGAGCCGUCCACGGUGGAAGGCGUCGAGCACCUCUGGGUCAAGCUCGGCCAGACCAAGCGCGCCAUGGACGCGCUGCGAACCGCCGGCGUGGCCGAACUCGUUCUGAUCGGCCCCGUCAAGCGCCCUUCGUUGUCCGAGCUGCGCCCCGACGGCUACACCUUGAAGGCUCUGACCAAGCUGAAGUUCAACAGCCUGGGCGAUGACGGCCUCCUGGGAGCGCUCGUCAAGGCGCUGGAGCAGGAAGGCUUCGUCGUCCGUGGCGUCGACGAACUGAUGGGCGAUCUGCUGGCCUUCAAAGGGCCUUAUGGGCGGCUUCUGCCCGAUGCCCAGGCCGAGGCCGACAUCGCGCGCGGAGUUGCCGUCUUGCAGGCGAUGGGGGCCGCUGAUGUUGGGCAGGCGACGGUGAUCCAGGAUGGCAUGGUUCUGGGUGUCGAGGCUAUCGAGGGGACCGAUGCUCUGCUGGAGCGCUGCGGACCGCUGCAGAGGAACGGUUUGGGCGGCGUUCUGGUCAAACUCAGCAAACCCGGACAGGAGCGACGGGCGGAUCUUCCGACGGUCGGGGUAAGAACGGUCGAGGGCGCCGCCGCGGCCGGUCUUCGCGGGAUCGCAAUCGAGGGCAGGGCUGUUCCUGAUCGGAAUCGAACGGCCGGCAUGACUGCGACGGACGUGGAGGGAGAAGUCGCUCAGGAAUCAGGGCCGCUGAUCUUCGUGAUUGCCGGCGAACCCUCGGGAGAUGUUCUGGGCGCACGCCUGAUGGCAGCCCUGAAAGCCGAACGGCGCGGGGCGGUGCGCUUUGCCGGUAUCGGCGGGGAGGAGAUGACACGCGAAGGCCUGCGGAGCCUUUUUCCUAUCCAGGAAUUCGCAGUCAUGGGUUUCCUCGAGGUGCUGCCCCAUGUCUUUCACAUCAUCAGGCGUAUCCGCCAGACCGCUGCCGCGGUUCGGGCGCAGCACCCUGACAUCGUCGUGACCAUCGACUCGCCGUCCUUCACCCUGGAGGUCCAGCAGCGCUUGAAGGACGCAGGGAUGCCGUUGGUCCACUACGUCGCCCCCCAGGUCUGGGCUUGGAAGGCCAAGCGCGCCAAGCGCAUGGCACGCUACCUCGAUGCCGUGCUGGCGCUUCUCCCGUUUGAACCGCCGCUUUUCGAAGCCCAUGGCCUGCGCGCACGCUUUGUCGGCCAUUCCGCCGUCGAGGACGCGGCCGGGGAGGAGGCUCGCUUGGCCGACCGGCCCUCGCCGUCAGGCGAGGGGCCGCUGCUGGCCGUGCUGCCGGGCAGCCGCAAGGGGGAGGUGCGCAAGCUGCUGCCGGUGUUUGAAGCGACGGUCGCGGCCCUCGCCCGCAAGCACCCGGGUUUGCGGGUCGUGAUCCCCACGGUGGAGACGGUAGAUGCAGCCGUGCGUGAGGCGACCGCAUCCUGGCCGGUUCCCGUGGAGGUGACGCGGGGCGUGACCGCAAAGCGCCGGGCUUUUGCCCGGGCCCAGGCGGCUAUCGCGGCCUCCGGCACCGUGGCUCUUGAACUGGCUGUAGCCGCGGUGCCCACCGUCAUUGCCUACCGCCUGGGCGGAUUCACGGGCUUGCUGCCGUUCAGCUGGCUGAACGUUCCCUAUGCCAGCCUGGUCAACAUUCUUGCCGGGCGCAUGGUGCAGCCCGAGCUUCUGCAGCGCGACUGCAGGCCCGAGAAGAUUCUCGGGCCGAUCGACCGCCUCCUGAGCGACCCCGCCGCGCGCUUGGCCCAGCGCGAAGCCUAUCUGGAAGUGAUCCGGGCGCUUCAACCUGCCUCCGGCGAAAGCCCCAGCCGCUGCGCCGCCCGCGCGGUGCUGAGCCUGUUGGCGGACAAGGAGAAGGGCGCCUAG